AUGGGUUACACUGCGAGUGUCGCGAUUCCCACCCUUAUUGGCAGUCUGUGUUCCAUGGUGGCAACUGCGUGCGUCCUCGUCUGUUAUGUCGUCUACCGCCAUCAACAGCGCUCUUUUCGCCACGCACUUGUCCUCAACCUCGGCCUUGCCGAAUUCAUCAAUAGUGUCAACAACUCAAUAUCAGGAAUUUACGCUGUCGCCAACCGCCAUGAUCUCAGGCCGGGCACUGUGUGUGUUGUCAACGGCUGGGUAGGCCAGUGGUCUGUCCAGGCUGCCGACUUUUCCGUUUUAGCCAUUGCCAUUGUAACACUCCUCACCAUCACGCGAAAGACAUACAUGCCCACUGUGUCUACUCUCAAGAAGGUCCUUAUCUGCAGUUCCGUCUGGAUAAUGCCCACCAUAUCAGCGUCUACCGUAGCAGGAUUGCACGCAAUAAGUCCCGUUAGCGGAAACUGGUGCUGGAUAUCUGCCGACCGAACAGAUCUGCGCUACGGCUUAGCCCAUGGAUUACGAUUCACUAUCAUCUUUUCCUGCAUCUUCAUCUAUGUCUACAUCUGGUUUUAUAUGAGGAAGCACUUCUCAAACCUGAACAUCAGGACCUUCACAAACUCGUACGAUCCGAGAAUCACAUCCAAGCACCGAAAGUCUCGCCGGAGCGCUCCUGCUCCGCCGAAGAGCAACUCGCAGACGGAGUUGAAUGAAAUCAAUGUCGAGUACCGUUUCGAAGUCGAACACACCCAUACCCAUGGCAACAGUACUACGAAAGAGGAUGUCGAGCACUCGGCCGUUGACUGGGAAAAGCAUCAAAGCUACAAGAGCGACAUAUCGCUGCCCCCAAGCUCCUAUAACAUGGAUUCACGUGCGUCAUUCUCUUCCUUUGCUUCCACCGGAACACAGGAUACUGGAUUCAAUCUGACUGGAGCCACUCAGCACAGCGUAUGCAGCCAACGAAGCUUGGAUAAGGAAGUCAAUCGAAUGCUGCUUCUCAACGCAUAUCCAAUCUUAUACAUCAUUCUCUGGAUGCCGGGUAUCAUCAACCGUCUUGUAGAAGCCUCAGGACACAAAAGCCAUGUCUUGACUGUCCUUCAAUCCUCAACCCAGUUCAUUGGACUCACCAACGCCAUCACUUAUGGAUUCAAUGAACAUCUCAGGAAGACGGUGAAAGGAGACAUAACCAAGUGGUUCAGGCGAGGAUAG